AUGGAGCUGAAUCAUGAAUUUAGCUAUCCAGCAAUUCGAACGCCUAGGUACACUGUACUUCAGGCUCUGCGCUUAUGGUUUGGGAACCCUCGCAACAGAAGUCAUUUACAGUCUGACUGCCUCAUAUUUUGGUUGCUGUCAACUGUGACCGCUGGCCUCCUGGCAGUAUGCAUCGUUGGUACUCAGUACUUUGUUAUUGAGGGCAACAAAUUUGGUAAGCUCGAUCCAGGUGCUAGAAAGGAAGAAGGAAUUUCCCAUCGUAUCACAGAGACGGCUAUGGAUUUUUUCAUGGCGAUUGUGCUCUGUGGCUACUCGAUAACAGUAUACUUGCUGUGGAAAGACCACUACGUUAUGUGGAACCGUUGGCGGCGGGCGAACGUCAAUGUCAGACUGCUGCUGUCUCCGAACUCAAACCCCGUGCCAUUUGUGCCAAGAACUAGAUAUAACGUUGUA